AGAACCAGGAGGGAGCUCUGGCGGUUGGCAGGGCAACCUCCUUCAGUUGGUGGGAAGCAGUGGAAGGAGGAGGAGCUCCCUCUGUGCUGUCUUCCUCGCAAUUACAGCUUGUUGCAUCUAGACCCAUUCUAAAUAAACCAAGCAGGUUCCCAAGGGACCCAUGCAGACAAGUCAGCUCAGGGGAGGCGUCUGAGGUGAGGUGCAGGCUGCUAGUGGGGUGCAGCCCCAUUGCCAGGGCUGCCCCUGCCAGCGUACCUUUGCUGGGAAGAGGUGGAAGUGCUGAGCUCUGCAGACUUGGAAGCAAGGGAAGGCCCAAGCUGCUGGAGAGAAGCCGAGCUACCCCAUGGGGAACACGCUGAGCUGUUGCUUGUGCACCAACGCCAGCCCCAAGCGGGGCCAGCGCAGGAGGUCUGGAGAGCUGUCCUGCAGCGCUGACAUCUAUGAGGCAGCGUCAAGCAAAGGUGCAGGCCAAGGCAGAGAAGAGCGGAGCCGCCAGAUGGAACAUGCUGCUCCCUAAUGCCAGCCCCAAGCAAAGACAGCGCAGGGUGCGGUGGGCAGAACCGCCUUGCAGCUGCAACAUCACGGAGGCGGAGGUGGCAGUAGCGCCACACCCCACUGCUGUAGAGCCUGCUCCGUCGGAUUUUGGAGCCCAAAAGGGCCAUGACCUGCAGCAUAUCAGCGACCAGGGGAUGCCCAAAGAUUUUGCUUCUCACCAUCCAAGGGAAAGCACACUCUUCCUGAGAAAAUAUCAAAUGAGUGUGCAAGGAAAGAGGAGGAGCUCUCACCUAUAUUAUAUACCUCCAUGGCAUCUUGACAGAAAAUACUCCUCAUGUUCCACCAUAUUGCUAGGUAACAGCACAGUCAGCCAGCCUGAUCUUAGACACACACUAGAAAGUGUGACUUUGGCAAUAUAUUACAACAUAAAGCACAGAUAUGCAAAUAGAUCUCUGGCUAUUUUUGACGAGCCAAUACAUCCACUUCCACAAGGAAAGGCUCCAGGGAAAUCCUUCGAGCAUGAUCCCGAACGCAACUGUAUUUUCAGAUAUUUCUGUACUCUUUUUCUAGUCAUAAAACUAACAGCUCCAUGUGCAAUCAUAGCUUUGGUGUACAUCGAACGACUUUUAACUAAUGCUAACAUCGAUCUUUGUCCUACUAAUUGGAAAAAGAUUGUCCUCGGAGCCAUGCUUCUUGCCUCCAAGGUUGGGAGAAAUCGUGGUCUGUGGAGUGUGGAUGACAGCCAGAGUCCCGAGGACAUUGCAGUUGAGAACAUGAGCAAGAUGGAGAAGUGUUUCUUGGAGCUACUUGAGUUUAAUAUUCAUGUAUCUGCCAGUGUCUAUACAAAAUAUUACUUUGAUCUGUGUGCCUUGGCAAAUGACCAUGACCUGUAUUUUCUAUUUGGUUUUCUUCACAAAGAUAAAGCACAGAAACUGGAGGCUACGUCACGGCCGUGUGAAUACAAAGACUUGCAUUGAGAUGCCGCUGCAAUGAAAAGGGCUAUCAGCAUGAACUUCAUUGGUAUUCGGUGCUCUAAUGCCAUCUUAUCUUAAAGAGAGAAAUUAGCCUUAAAAGACCCUGAGCUUCUCAACUGUAAAGACUAGAAAAUAUCACUUCUGCUGAAAGAAACAACAAAAUUAGGAUUUUUCUUUUUUUUCUUUGUUUUGUUAUUUGUUUUGUUAUUUGUUUUUGUUGUUGUUGUUGUUAGUGUUUAAGAUUUUCAUUGAGAGGAAGCAUCUUCCAGUUAGCCACAUUGUGGAACUGGGUGAUGGUGGUAUGAACAGUGGGUGCCAGGUGCUUUCUGCCCUUCCUCUUCCACUGGGUCCAGAUGGCAUUCCUAGGGCACCACCUUGAACAACUCUUGGGGAGAAGGAGUCUCACAUGGACACAGCACAUCCCAGCUCAGAGUCCACAGUCACCCAUAGUCUCAAGCAGGUGCCGAUAGUGUCCACAGUCACCCACAGUCCCUAGCAGGUGACAGUAGUCUGAGCUGAGCUAGAGCUCAACAAACUUUAGAAUUGGCUCCAGAUUUGUGAGAGCACCUGGGUUUGGUUCUCUGUCCACUGAGGCACUGAAUACAUGAUGGCCCAAAACUCAACAAUGACUGGGAGAGAGUGGCAUCGGGGCAAGGCUGUCAUUACUCCAAGCACCAGGGUGGCUCAGGCCUGCUCAUCUAGUCUUUGGAGGGAAUCUGUGCAUGUGAAAUGAGGCCCCUACAUCAUGGUUAUAAAGGAAGAUAUUAAAUCAGCUCAUCUUCCCCCAGGCCAAUAAUGGUCACACCACCUAGGGAAGCAGUAAAAGACCUGGCCUUGGGAUUGUUAGGGGAGCUACGGAAGUGAAAACUGAAUUUACCCAGUUCCGGGAAGACAACAAAGGUGGAACAUCCGGGUUCAAAACAUUAUCAGAAGAUCAUGUUCCCAGCUAAUCUUGCCCUGGUGCAUUGUAUGGUCUCAGCACUUGUCAGCAAAACAAAAGCCUCUCAAUAAUUCUAACACAGGGACACACCACAACUCACAUUUUCCAGUGCACCUCAGUGGUUCAAGAGAUUGCUGGUGCUGCCUGCACCUGUCAGUCUGUUCACAUAUGGAGAGGAGCAGCGGUUCUCACAGGAGCGGCUUCUGCAUCCUGAGGAAGUUUGCCCACACAGUCCUGAUUGUAAUAACUGGCUGCACCCACUGACAUGCAGUCAACAAUGGGACUUCUAUGGUGCACAGGACUGCCCCCCUUCUCAAUCAUGAAAGAAUUUUCUGGCUUCCAAAAUAGAAGGCACUGAGGAUCAACUGCCUCAGAGUCUACAAGGGAAACACUUUCUGAGACUUUCUUUUUUCUUACAAGACCAGAUCCCCACCAAUGUGAGACGUUAGAUCAAGUUUUGUGCAAGGGUGGAUGUGAGGGGCAGAAUCCUAAGAUGCCCUUAUGAUCUCUGCUGUCUUUUGUUACACCCUGAAUCUUUCCUUGGGUAUGGCCAGACCUGUGCCUUGUUCUAGACAUUUGAAUAUGGCAAAGUGAGGGAGUGGCUUUCUAGGAGUUAGCUUUCCUUUCCUUUUAUCGGGAACAAUAGGAAUCCCUAUUUUCUUUCUUGCUUUUAUUUUCACAGUGCAGUGGUUUGGAAUAUCCCACUGUUGAUUUGUGAUUUCCUCCUCCAACCAUAAUCUAUGGCCCUUUAUAUGUAAUUGAAUAUUUUCAUGUAUUGAUAUUUUGUGUCUGAAGAUAAAAUAUUAGACUAAACAUGUUAAAACAUUUCAUGCAAAACUUUAGUGGUUGUAGAGUCUACUCUUUGGUGAAUACACAAAUUUAUCUAUUUUAUAUAUUAAAAAUUGUAUUAGUUGUGAUAAUGAUAUUUUCUUUUUUAUCUUCACUUGUUAGAUAUAGUUACUUAAAUUUUUCCAAAAUUAAUGAUAUUGUAUCUUAUAUUUGAUUUAAAAUACUACUAGGAUAUUUGGAUUGAUAGUUGAAAAUAAAUGGCAAAAUAAGAAUUGCUGAAACCUAGUGAUAAUGUACUUAGGAUGGGUUUAUUAUCUAUUAUCCCUAUCAUUGUUAAAUGUUUAAAUUUCCAUGAAAACGUCUACAUAAGAACUUACAAUUUUGUGUAAAAUCCUUCGUGCCCUGCACUUUAGCUCCGCUGCAUAAUUAAUAAAAGGAAAAUGGAUUCUCCUGCGGGAAGUUUGGCUGGACUCUCCCUUUCUUUCCCUGCAACGUAGGGAGAGCGUUUUGAGGUCACCAUGGGGUGAGGUGGCCAUGAGUGGGGGCCCUGGAGAUGCCGGCCUGGAGGGGUGCAUGUGUGGACAUGGGUUUUGCGGCCACGAUUCUCCCUUGGGUCUUUCUGGUUGUGGGUGGUGGCUUUGAGGAUGGUGUCUGAGGAUCCUCUCCAGGGGAGUUCUCUGCUUGUGCAGUCUCCCUCUGGAGAGGGCGCGAGGAUGUCUGGGGAGGGAUUCAUAGGGUCUCUCCUGUGUGACAGAGGUACCCUGUGCGUGGUCUCCGGGAAAGCAUCCUUUUAGGGGUGGUUGGGGGAAGCCAUCGCCUGAGUGGAGGGUGGGGCCUGGUCUCCCCUGUAGGGUGGGCGGGAUGUCUGAGGGAGGGCUGGAGGGUCGCCCUGUGUUUCGGGGUCGCUGUGCGGGGUCUCAGUACAGCCCUCGACCUGGGGAAGUCAUUGUGGAGACUCCGAGGUGGUUGGGACGGGGAAGAGGGCAGCCUGGGCAUUUGCCGCGGUGUGUCAGCGUCGCUGAUGCCAGGAGACAGGUUUGAGAGGGGUCUUUGGAGGGGAAUAAUUGUGGAGUCCUCGCCCCACAGUUCCGGGCGGGGAAAACUCCAGGGUGCUCCAAGGCCAGAGGUCAAUGCGGGGUGUGCAGGAAUAAUCUAGGGGGGCUCACAGGGAAAUGAUGGCUCCCCCGAGGGGUAAAGUGUGGAAGGAAGGUGCCUCAGCAAGUUAGGUCUUGCAGGGACCUUCUGUAGGGCGUCUGUGAGAUAGAUCCAUGGGGCCCCUGGGGUCGCACCAACCCGGCGCGCGGUAUUUUCCCGGCGUUAGACCUUUCUGGGUCCCGGAGAAAGGGCUUCGCCCUCCGCACUGCCCGGUGGAGGCGGCCAGGAGGCCGGGGCUCCCGCCUGCCACACGUGGCUCUUGGCAAACUCAGUUCGGGGGAGUCGCGGUGCUUCUGGGCGGGGAACCUCCUCCAGCCUUGGGGACAGCGGGGCCACCCCUUAAGGGCCGGCAGCAGGAAAGGACGGAGCUAGUCGCGCACCUCUGCAUCCUUUUAUUACGGAACUGGAAUUGGGUUCACUUGGCCGACGGUGCGGAGCGGAGGGUAAGGUUUGCGCUCCCACUGCUCCUUCUCUGCCAGGCGCAGUUUCCAGCGCAGAUCCAAGCCCCUGGGGUGCCUACUGAGGGGAGCGCGGCCUGGUGCUGGGGGCGGCCGCAGGCUCCCGGGACUGUCAGGGGACAUCUGCGCCCUGUGAGCGCCAAGCCCGCCCCACAGCUCCUGAGCCAGCCAACACGGGCACCCGGUGCAGAACUCCGACCUGCAGCCCGAGCUCCCGAGGUGGACAAUUUUGCUCCAGAGCGAGCGGCGACAGGUAGGGCUACAAACAGAGGGAAUGCGGAGGGCUGGCC